AUGACCGACAUCGAUACCCAAAUUCGGGUGUUGGAGCGCAAUCUCGACGAUUUGACGCUUGAUCGACCAGCCACGCUGAACAACCUUGCGAGUAUGCUCACACGACGAUUCAAGAAAAAUAAAGACAUCAACGAUUUACAUCGUGCAGUCGACAACUCUGCGCAGGCAGUGGGCCUCACCCCUGCGGAAGACCCAAGGCUUCCAAUGAGACUCAAAAACUUAGCCCUGAACCUUGAAAUUCAAUUGAACCAUGCCCGAUCCUCGCAAAACUUCGAAAUAUCUUUGAAGAAUCUCGAGAGGCUGUUUUGUUUCCUUCGAAGAGCAGCCUAUUCGGCAAGACCCCAGGAUUAUACCUUGCUCGACAGGUUGAACAAAAUAGAAACAAAGAUCGAGAAAGAAACGAGACAACUCAAAGAUGGGGAUCCCAACCAGUGGGCCGGAUUUGAAUUGCUCAAGGAAAUAUCCUUUGAGCGGUUCCAAGGGAGCGGGAUGCCCAGCGACAUUGACCGUGCUGGUUUCAUGGCCGAAAAAGCCCUCUUCUCCAUCUGCAAAGGGCGUCAAUCUGCCAUCAUGAACAUCCGAGUUCGAGUGGUUGAAAUGCAGGUUUUCGAUCCCAGCAGAGAUGAGCAGAUCAUGCUGCGCGAUAUGAUGAAACAUUACCAGCAGUUGCCUCAGGUGCGUGAGAAGGUGCACUCUCGGAGAACAUUAUCCGUCGAGGACUGCGAGUUCGCCGUGAACGAAACAUAUCGAGUUCUGGAAGAAAGCGCACUCCGUAAACUGUCGCAUAUAUGGGAUAUGGGGUUUGAGAGAACCGGGAACGCGAAGUAUCUCGACGCAGCGGUUAGUAGCAUGCGAGGAAUGGUGCACAUCACCGCCAACGAAGGCUCGCCGCGUAUGCAGUGGCAUUACUACCUUGCCAUGGAUUUAUACAAGCGCUACCUGAAAACUCGCCUGGUGGAAGACCUGGACGACAGUCUUCGCAAUUAUCAGCAGAUCCUUGAUGCUUUUGGGGUGGUGGAUGCAUUCCCCGGGUUUCUGCUUAAUCUCGGCACUACGUUUCAUGCUCGAUUCAGGCGGCUUGACAAGCGGGACGACCUUGACGCCGCUAUCUCGUACAUGCGGACAGGCCUUUCAAUUCACACUAAGCAGUCAGGAUUUACCGAGACUUCUUUGUUUGUCGAAUGUAUGAACAAUCUCUCAGCUGAUCUUGGCAUUCGAUAUCAGCAUUCCCUGAAGAAGGAGGAUCUCAUGGAAGCUAUGUCAGUCGGGAGAGAAGCCUCAAAGCGAAUGCCCGAAAGUCUCGACCCCUCGACCCGUGCCAUUCGAUUGACUGGUCUUGCAAUCCUCUCGAACAAGCAGUCUGUUUUCACUGAGACAUUAGACGACAUCAACCUGGCUCUGGACACUGUUAAAACAGCACUGGAAUUGACAUCCCCAGAUGACGAUCAGUUGCCACUUCGUCUGGACCUACUGGGUGAAUGCCUGCUCAAACGCUCACGGUGGACGGGACGGCUACAGGACCUGGAUGAAGCGGCGCACUACAUGCAGAGGGCGGUGGAGUUUACCAGAGAUAAUAGAAUAUAUCGCUCCGGGAGAUUGAGGAACCUGGCGAGUGUCUUCACUGAAAGAUAUUUACAGUUCUCACGAGUCGAGGAUUUACACGAGGCAGCCCGGCUGGGAAGAGAGGCCUUGCAACUUAUACCAGAUGACGAUGCCUACGAGGCCGAAAGGGCGACAGCACGCGACGAGCACGCUGGGACUCUACACCUAGAAUCCCGGCGAAACAACAGUUUGGUGACGCUGCAGCAGAGUAUCGAUUUGCAGAAGGAGGCCGUGGAAUCCAAAAAUAUUGACCAGAACCGACGAGUCAUAAUGUCGAACCAGUUGGGCCAGCUGUUGGUUAGUCGAGCUUUGGAGACAGGCAGCAUCACAGACCUGGAUGCAGGUAUUCAGGUUCAUCGACAAGUCAAGGAGGAGAUGUCGAGUGACUUUAUUCCUUUGCAACGAAUGGUCCUGGACAAGCUCUGUUUGGCGGUCUCCCUCAGAUAUCACCACUCGAAAAGUCCCCACGACCUCGAGGAGGCUAUAUCUCUCGGAGAAGAGGUUCUUCGUCUCACACCUCCUGGAACUCCAGAAUCCGCCAGAACGCUAUCUCACCUUGGCCAAGUCUACUCGAGUUCGCCGGCUGAAGAGCGACAACGUCAGGCCUUGCAGGCCUACCUGGACGCAUUCAAUACGCCCACCGCGAUGCCAAAAGAUCGGCUUUGGGCAGCAAGAAAGGCAAUUAAUUUCUGGGAGUAUCUCAAAGAGUACCCCGAUGUGAAGCGCAUGUGCCACGAAAUGGUGCAGCUGAUGGUAUUUCUUGGCAACCGGACCUUGACCCAGAUUGAUCAACAGUGGCAUCUAUCUCAAUAUCCGAGAUUAACUGCAGAAGCCUGUUCAUUGCUUCUGGCUUUGAGUGGCGAGGCUGCGGAAGCGGUCGAACUAUUGGAGCUGGGACGCGGUAUCAUUCUGGGAUACUUCAUCAAUGAUCGAAGCGACAUCUCUGCGCUCGAGGCAUCGUAUCCAGAACAAGCGAAGAAAUACAACAAGCUCACGGAGGAUAUCAACCGCCGUUAUCCCGAUACUGAGGAUGUCAAGACCCAGACGGCGCGGAUGAAUCGCCGGAUCCAAGCCGUCCAGGAAUUGGACCACUGCAUGGAAGACAUUCGUCACCUUCCUGGCUAUGACCGUUUCCUUCAGGGCCCUACCACAAAUCAGCUGAUGCAUCAUGCAAAAGACGGUGUUAUAGUCAUCGUGGUGGUAACUGAUAUUGGGAGCCAUGCCAUCUUCCUCACCACUGAGGUGGUACGGUCCAUUGAGCUACCGGGGCUUCGGGCAGGGGAGUUGACUAAGUGGCUCAAAGAGGACCUCACUCGAUUUUCCAGUCGCCAGGAGUUCGGUCAGAAGAACAGACACUACCGCGAAUUUCUUUGGUGGCUAUGGACCGCCUGCGUUCGCGUGGUUCUGGAUUCCCUUGGCUUCAUAGCAGAUGAGACGCCGUCCAAUCCUGAAGAUCUUCCACGAGUUUGGUGGAUUGGAACUGGCUUGGCGUGCUCCUUGCCGUUUCAUGUGGCGGGUGAACAUUCCCAGGGAUCCCUCGAGAAUGCCCUGGCUAGAGUGGUCUCGUCCUACACCCCUACUAUCAAAGCGCUAUCCUUUGCCAGGGAGCGAGGCCAAUGGGCAACAGACCAAGAUAAUCUCCGGUUACUAUGUGUGACCAUGCCUACUACCCCGGGACAACAGUCUCUGCCAGGCGUUCUGAGAGAAAGGGAAGUAGUACGCGACAUAGUUGAGGAGACUUUUUGGUUCAAGUCCCUGGCCCAUCCAAGCGGAGAGGCUGUGAUGCGCAAAAUGAAGGACUGCGACAUUGUUCAUUUUGCUUGUCAUGGAGUAUCCAAUCCAGUUGACCCAUCCCAAAGCUAUCUUCUACUUCAGACCCCGGGAAAAGAACCAACCCACAACCCAACUAUAGACAGGUUGACCGUCCAAAACAUCGCCGACAUGCACCUGCUUGGAGGAAAGAUCGCGUAUCUAUCCGCUUGCUCCACGGCAGAGAAUCAAGCAGAGCUUCUGGCAGAUGAAGUCCUGCAUAUAGCCAGUGGCUUUCAGACGGCCGGGUUUGCCCAUGUUCUUGCUUCGCUGUGGCCGUCCAACGAUACAGUCUGUGUCGACGUUGCUGCCAACUUCUACUCGUGUCUGCGCGAUGCGGGCCAGAUAAAUCAUAAGAGUGUUGCGUUGGCGUUGAAUCGCUCUGUGCGGGCGGUAAGGGAGAGAUUUCCUAAACAGCCGCUACUUUGGGCUGGAUAUAUACAUGUUGGAGCUUAG